UGCGGAAAGAGCUGAUUUUUGAGCUAUGGGAAAUGCUGGGCAUUUUGUGGUCGUUCUGCAGGCAGUUUGUUUGUGGCUCGCUGCAGCAAAGCUGAAAUCGCCUGAUUAUAGGGCUGGUUCUAAGGACUAUAAUGCCGCUGCAGACAACAAUCAAUUGCAGGAGGAGGCGUUGGAGGUGGCCGUACCGAUGGCGAUGGCGAAGACGGAUCGCAAUGCUCAACCCGCAGUGCAAGUAAAAGUGACAAAUGAAGUGGAAAGUGCCCUCAGAAUGGGAACAAUGACGAUGAUGCGGAUGAGAAAUCGGGGCGGUGAGCGGUGGCGGUGGCAGACGAACUACUUUGACACACAAAUGCCGCUGCUGUCGUCUGGCCUAAUGAGUCCCGGCUGGCUGCCAAUAUGGGAUGAGCAGCAGGCGCGGGAGAAGCAGCUCGAGCAUCCUGAGCAGGGACCCAGUUCGGUUGAACAGCAAUUACUCCGCCUGCAGACGGACUACAAAUUGCUGUACAAUGCCGAGCACCACACCUACUUCCACCUGCACACGCUGCGCAUCCCGGAGGGCACCAUGAUCCGCCAGCCAGGACCAGCACCAUCGAAAUCCGAGGAGCCACCGCAUCGCAGGCUGUUCCAGCAGGUGGUGGGCAACACACUGACCGCCGCCUUUGGCCUCAACGUGAUGAACAAGGGCCAGGUGGAGGGGCAAGUGGCUGGGGACCAGGCGGAGGUCAGCAUCACCACCGAACAGGUGAAUCUCUACGAUGCCGCCUCGCUGCGUCGGUCGCGCUUCAGUCCCUUCAAUCCCACACGAAUCCUUAUACACGGAUGGUUGGGCAACGCCAAUGCCAACAUGUACAGUGCUCUAAUCCCUGCCUAUUUGGACCUUAAGAACGGCACCUACAACAUCUUCACCGUCGACUGGGGGCGUGGAGCCAUAGCGGACUACAUCACGGCCAGCUACAGGGUCAAGCCGGUGGGCAAGGUGCUGGCCAAGUUCGUGGACUUCCUGCACCAGGAGGCGGGCCUGCGCUUCGAGGAUCUGCAGCUGGUGGGCUUCAGCAUGGGGGCGCAUGUGGCGGGUCUGGCUGGGAAGCACCUGCAGACCGGUCGUCUCCGGAUGAUCCGGGCUCUAGAUCCCGCCCUGCCCUUCUUCCGAUAUGCCAAGGAGAAGGAGCGAUUGACCCCCCAGGAUGCCGACUAUGUCGAGGUAUUGCACACCAGUGUGGGCAGCUACGGAUUCGAUCGACCCCUGGGUCAUGCGGACUUCUAUGCCAAUUGGGGCAGCCAGCAGCCAGGUUGUUUUUGGCAUGAAUGCAGCCAUUGGAGGGCCUUUAUGCUCUUUGCCGAGAGUCUCUCAGGGGAUCGGAAUGAGGGUUUCCUGUCCCAGGGCUGUCCAGCCGGUGAAUGGCAGCAGUUGACCCGCUUCCAUCGCUGCCCAAAGGACACCGGAGUUAUGCAGACCAUGGGCGGUGAUUUGGCCAACGCUACGGCGGAUUUCUUGGCCCAAAGACAGGGUGUCUAUUAUUUCCGAACAAACGACCAGCCACCCUAUGCUUUAGCACAAAAUGCCAGUUCGCCAGGGGGUGGUGGUGCCACCAAAUAA